AUGCACUCUGUGAACGCCUUUGUGGUGUUUAGGAAAAUUUUUGAACUUCGUGAGCUGCUGCUGAGCUUCACGCCGGGCGUAGUUCUUCGCGCCGGGCGUGUAUUCAUCUGGAGGUUUCACUUAAGCAAGUCCACCGGGCGCAAAGAUGUAUGCGCCCGGCGAGAUUGUGAACCUGGUGCAGCAAGGCCUACAGGAUCACAGCAGAGCCGGGAUCUUGCUGAGUUCCAGAAGUGUAAUCCCCCACAGUUUGCAGGGGAUGCGGAUCCAGAGGUAGCUGACCGCUGGAUCCGUGAGCUGGAAAAGAUUUUUAUUGUCUUGGGAUGUCCUCCAGAGAAGAGGUUAGCCUAUGCUGUGUACAUGCUUGUGGGAGAGGCUGAGCAUUGGUGGAGAGGCACCUAUCAGAUGCUUACUGCUAGAGGAGUCAAAGUUGAUUGGGAGUGCUUCCGGACGGUAUUUAUGGAGAAGUACUUUCCGGAAAGCGUGAGGCAUGCCAAGGAGGCAGAAUUUAUGCGACUGCAUCAGGGGGGGAUGACAGUAUCUGAGUAUGCAAUGAAAUUCGAGCACCUGGCUCUGGAGAAGGCGAAGGUUGUGGAGCGGUUGGAAAGUGGUAACCGUGUUGUGAGGACAGCUGGAGGGUCAUCUUGGUCCAAGAAGGGUGAGAGUCAGAGGAAGCCGUAUGACAAGCCCCAAUCACAGCAAGGGGGUUCUGUUGUUCGGCAAUCUUCUAGUGCUGCUAGUGGAGGUAGACAGAGUGGAGGUGCCACACUGAGAUGUUUCAGGUGUGCUGGGCCCCAUUUUGUUAGGGACUGUCCUCACACAGAGAGUCAUUGUUUUAGAUGUCAUCAGAUGGGCCACGAGUCGGCUAGUUGUCCUACUAGGAGCAGACCAGAGAGGAGCGCUCAGAGGAGUGAUGUACAGAGGGCUGAGACUCAGAGAAGCAGUGCACAGAGAGCUGACACUCAAAGGGGUGAUAGACCCACUACUGCUGGUAGGGUAUUUGCUUUGACAGGUGCUGAGGCCUCGACUUCUUUUGACCUUGUGAAGGGGAAAGGCAAAGCUGCUGGUAAGGAUGUGAUGAUUCUUUUUGAUUCCGGUGCUUCCCAUUCUUUUAUAUCUUAUGCAUGUGCUGCUAUGAUGGGUGUACCUGUGUGUGAUUUGGGGUUGAGAUUGCUAGUGUCUACGCCUGCUUCUGCUUCUGUGAUUGCUUCAGAAUUGUGUGUGGGCUGCCCGGUUGUGGUGAGUGAGAAGAAGUACAAGGUGAACCUGAUUUGUUUACCAUUGGUGGAUAUUGACAUAAUCUUAGGGAUGGAUUGGUUGUCUACCAAUCGCAUUCUUAUAGAUUGUGCCAAUAGGAGGUUGAUUGUCCCUCAAGAGGAGGAUGAGCUGUUGAUCUCAGCUGGCCAGGCUGAGUCCUUGUUGAGAGAUGGAGCAGAGUGCUGGUCUAGGGUGUGUAUUGAUGCAAAACAGGAGACUGGUGGCAUAUGCUUCAAGGCAGCUGAAGACUCAUGA